AUGAAUGCCAAUCUCAACAAUACCAAUGUUGAGGACGCGCCGGAUUUUGCCGUGCCAGACGAUCUUGCCGAGGACGAGGACGGAUAUACCAUCAAUGCCCCGGUUCCUGAUGAAGACUACGACGAGUCGGAGAUCGAUUUCGACGAUGGCGAAGGUCAGGACAAUGAAGCCUAUGAGGAGGCGCGCAUCGAUGCUGCAGCUUAUGAUCAUGAGGCGGCCCUCAGCAAUAACAACGGCUAUAACUCGGAGCUCGACGAUACCGCUCUGUUUGGCGCCAAGUAUGACUUCGAUAACGACUCUGAUAUGGAGUCUGUCCACACUACUCCCGACUACAGCAGCCAGGGUACACUUCUCCCACCUCUGUCACCUACCGCCGGUCUCAGCUACAUUGAAGAGCCUGAGGAUUUAUAUGGAGCUACGCCGCCAGAGGCGCCCGCCGCCAAUGUCAAUGCAUCCAAUGCCAACGAGCUCGUGGAUACGGCACCGCCGCCGCCGCCCAUGCAGACGCCUGCCAACGAGCAGGACGCUGAGUGA